GGUCCCGCGCGCCGCCCGCCCCGGCCCCGCGCGCCGCCGCGGGCGAUGGGCGCCACGGGCCCCGCGUGCGCGGCGGAGGAGCCGGCGGCGCCGCCCGUGCGGUCGGUGCUGCGGCACGUGCAGCCGGAGAGCCUGGCGGCGGGGCUGAGCGGCGGCGUCGUCUCCACCCUGGUGCUGCACCCGCUCGACCUGGUCAAGAUCCGCUUCGCAGUAAGUGAUGGAUUGGAGCUGAGGCCAAAAUACAAUGGGAUUCUCCACUGUAUGACCACUGUCUGGAAGCAUGAAGGAUUACGAGGCUUAUAUCAAGGGGUAACUCCAAACAUGUUGGGAGCAGGGGCUUCCUGGGGACUUUACUUUUUCUUUUACAAUGCCAUCAAAGCUUACAAGAAGGAAGGGAAGCUGGAAAGUCUCAGUGCAACUGAACACCUAGUGUCAGCUGCAGAGGCUGGAGCCAUGACUCUCUGUAUUACAAACCCAAUAUGGGUAACGAAGACACGACUUGUGCUGCAAUAUAAUGCUGGUGUUGAUCCAUCAAAGCGGCAAUACAGAGGAAUGUUUGAUGCUCUUAUAAAGAUCUACAAGUUGGAGGGCAUACGUGGCUUAUAUAAGGGAUUUGUGCCUGGUUUGUUUGGAACUUCACAUGGAGCACUACAGUUCAUGGCAUAUGAGGAUUUGAAACUGAGAUACAACACCUAUAGAAACAGAGCAUCAGAUACAAAACUGAACACUGUGGAAUACAUAAUGAUGGCAGCUGUAUCCAAAAUAUUUGCUGUGUCAGCAACAUAUCCCUAUCAAGUUGUGCGAGCUCGUCUUCAAGAUCAGCAUAAUACGUAUUCUGGUGUGUUGGAUGUGAUCCACAGGACAUGGAGGAAAGAAGGAAUUCAUGGAUUUUACAAAGGAAUUAUCCCCAAUGUGAUCAGAGUGACUCCUGCCUGCUGUAUUACCUUUGUUGUUUAUGAAAAUGUGUCUAGUUUUUUACUUGGUUUUAGAAAAGAAAAUAGUUAAAGGUUCAAGCUUGUGUUCAUAAGGAAUCUAUUUUUUAUAUUUAUGAUCUGGAGAGCAGUCUUUUUUGACACUGUGAAUUGAUCUAGUAUUUUGAGGAAAGAACCUGGACGUAGUAAAGCCCUGCCAACAUCUCUUCUGCUGAAUGUUUCUGCAUUGCUGCCUUUCUAUCAGCUGUGUCUGCUUGGAAGAGAUGCUUUUACAACUAUGAAAUAAUAGCACUGUGACUGGAUGAAUGCAGCUGUGUAGCAAUCCAGUUCAUCCUGGCCUGCCUGGAUUAAUGGAUUAAUUUUCAUUGACAAGGCUCAAUAGUUGGUCAGAUUCUACUCCUACAGAAGUGGAAAACUUCAUAUAAAAGCAACUCUGGGGCGUGUUAAAACUUUCCUAAAUCUUUAUCUGAGUCUCAUUAAGAAAGUAUCUAUGUAGUUGUUUACAACAGUAUCUUCUGUAUCCACCUCUCUGGUAUUUGUCAGAUUUUAGGAUAUGGAAUGCUCCACAUUCCAUUGCUCAUCCAACACAGAACUGCUGCCUCAGUGGGGUGCAUUUGGAGACUCAAACUGUUUUGUAAAACAGCUGUCCAUUCUUGGGUUUGAAUAGUUGCCAAUCUGAUGAAACCCAGUUCUCGUCUCAUACCAGGACUUGCAUUGUGGUUUUAGGCUUGUGUUUAGCAGCAGACCCAAGUGUGUGUUGUGUGCAUUGCUGCCCACUGACUUAAUUUUCUCUCUCUCCUUUGCCUGCCCUGUGUUUCUCUGAAGAGAUUCCGCCUCCAUUACUAAUACAUCUGACCAAAUAUUACAAAGUAAAGGCAUAUUUGAAAGUAGACCUACAUUUUUUAAAAGGGUUUUUUCUAGUAAUCCCAUAGUGAUGCACUUCUCGAGCCACUUUAAUAGUGAAUAUGAGCAUGCUUAUUUUCAAGAAUAUUCUCUGUAAAAAAAAUAAGAAUCCCUAAGUAGUCAAGAAGAUAUUGUGCAUGGGACUUCAUUUAAAAAAAAAACCAACCAAUCCAUUUAUGUUUUCUGAUUUAAUCUAAAGAAAGGAAUGUAAGAAUAUAUUGAUUGCUAACUUAGUGAUAAACUAAGUUAUAGUACAUCUCAAUAAAUUUGAACAAUAAGGAUGUUUAUUUGCAUGCCAGUAAUUGCUGUUAAGGAUAUGUACUUUUUGGAGAUACCAGCUUGUUGUAGGGUUUUUUUGGUUCUUCUUUAAGAAAAUACAUUAUAGGCUAUAACAUCUGCCUUCUGCUGUUAAUAAGUAGGUAUUAAGAAGUAUCCAGAAAGUAUCAUUUAACUGAGGAGUAAAUAAGUUAGCAAAGCUUAUUCAACAGGUAAGGGGGAAGUGAUCAGUUUUGUAAGGAGUGGAGAACACUGUCCAGCAAAACACCUGAAUAACACCUGAAAAAUCACAAGUUUUCUGUUUAACAAAAGACUAACUGAAAGCAGAAAUAAUUUUGAUAAAUUUUUAAUAAAAAUUUAACAGAUUAGGGAAAUGGUUUCAAUUAUAAAUUAAAAUCUGUAAGACUACAGAAACAGCUCAAUAUUUUUAAAUCUUAAUUCAGCAAUCCACUUCCUUGUUUCUGUUGAUUCUGUUACCAUGUACCACAUUUUGUGUAUACUAAACUUUAUUAAUAAUUUGCA